ACAUCUGUCGUCAUAAGCAUCAGAAUGGAGGCAGACUGCAUGCAGAACUGUGCUCUCUCAGGAAUACCUGACUUAAGGAAUCAGCUAUCUUUGGUUCGUUGUCUGCUGUUAACUAACCAAAAAUACUGGGAAAUGGAUGCAUGUAAGAUGAUUGGCGACUCUGUCUGUUGUGUCUGCUGCACCUUUGUCUUGAAAGCCCUGGUAUACAUAAGUCCAUUAAUUUUUUUGUAGGAUUAAUAAAUUAUUUUUAUAUCAGUUUUGUUCUACUCGCCUUUUUUCUCUGUACAUGACGUAGAUUAUCAUGUGGAAGGAAGCUGUGAAAUACGGAAGCAUUGCUUGGGCUACAUCCUGUUAGUGGGCAGAAUAUAAGCAUGUUGUGUGUGAGCUCUCUCUAGAGAGCCUAACGAUGUACCAUGGCUUAUAGAAAAACAUCAGGAAUUCUUUUUGGGUGUAUUUUACUCAUCUUUUUUCAGGGUUGUUUGUCCAGAAUCCAUUCUUCUCCUAGUAGGAUCUGUACCAGUCAAGAUUGUGUGGUUGACAUCAGUUGUAUGGUCAUCAAUCUGGAAUAUGUGGACUGCAGUUGGACCAGAUCACAGAUGCAAGACAUGAGCUAUAACUUCAGCAGUGCAUUUAAGCAUGAGGAUUCAUAUCAAGAGUGUCCACAGUACCUACAGGAGAACGGUCAGAAUGUGGGCUGCAGGAUCCCUUUAUAUGAGAACGGCCAGUUUGAUGCUUUUUAUACAAAACUGUCCAUGGGUGGAAAUCUGACAGUCGAAAGAUAUUAUGGAGAUCUUAAAGACAGAGUGAAGAUCAACCCUCCCUUUAAUCUCUCUGUGGACUGGACUGCUAACGGUGACUUGUGCCUUUACUGGGUGAACAAUGUCACCAAGCCUCAUUGUUUAGAGUUUAUGGUACGCUAUCAGAGAGGUUCUGACCAGUGGCAGGUCUCCACUAAACAGAAGUCUACUUCAUAUUGCAUACCUCUUGUCCCCAUGGGAGUUAAUUUUACAUUCCAAGUAAUGAGCAGGAUGGGAAACCUCUGUGGUCUCUCUGAAUUUUGGAGUGAAUGGAGUGCUCCUCUACAGUGGGGUAACUACACAGGAAGCAUCAGUGCACCAUUAUCACAGCCGUGGUGGCACCUGUGGCUCAGUGUCUUGGGAGUCAUUGUCCUGAUCGCCCUUGCUGUGCUGUUAUACUAUAUUGAAAGGGUAAAGGUACUUAUACUUCCUGUGGUCCCUGACCCAAGCAAGAACCUGCAGGAUUUGUUCUAUAAACAUAAUGGAAAUGUUGAGAGCUGGGUUCAUGUCUCCGGAGAGCUGAAGAAAGCUUUUGAUACAGACUACACAGAGUCUCCCUGUGUUGUGUGUGAGCCCAGUCCCACUCUUAAGUCAAAAGAGUGCGAUAAACCUGUGCAGCAUUCUGCUUAAACUGCUGUGCACUGGUGCUCCACCUUCAUUUGACUUGACCAUCAGCAGUCAACUUCUGUAUAAUCAGGAACCUCUGUAUAGUUUACCAUGAUAACAUACGAUCAGAUGGACAGAGUGAGAGUAAUAUUUUUGUUUUCAUGGGUUUCUUCAAAAGAUUCUUAUUUUAUGGUCUUUUUAAAUAUUCUUUAAGGGCAAAUCCACUAAUUUUUCAAAAUGUCUGCAUAAAUAAAUGUU